AUGGUAUCUCAUGAAGAAGAAACGGAACCGCUGGUAACAAAACCAGUCGAUAAAGAAGAGGAGGCGCCCAGCCGACGCGAAGAGGCGGCAGUGGUAAAAGAAGGUAAAUCCACAAAUGAGGAUAAGCCGGUCACUACUGAAACGGAUCCACAACAACAACAGGGCUUUUCGUCUCAACACAUUCAUUCUAUCAAGACUGAAUACGACGAAAAUCCCCUUUUAUCAAUCAACAAACCGACCUCCGCGCCUCAUAACACUCCAGUACAAUCACCACCAACAUCUCCUGGUUCUGGUAUCAAUAAAGAUAAGGACAACAAGCUCUCUACUGCCUCUACUACUUCUCAAACAAUUUCUUCCUCUUUACCUCGCCUCCCGCCGCUACCCGUUCCGGUAUCGGCGUCUCGCCCCGACGCCACCGAUGGCGGCACGGAGCCGCCGAAUAUAGAUCACGUGGUGUCGCCUGGUAGUAAUAACGGUGCAGCAGAUACAGCUACAGCUAGUGCUGGUACUGGUACAGAAGAAAAACAAGAAGAAGAAGGUGACUCACCGAUCUCAAUUAUCAAUAGGCGUAAUAUUUUUGCCACUAGCGAUUCACGAUCGUCAAGUGCUUCCAAGCAGGUGGCUGGACCUCCCGCUAAGGAACAUUUGAAAACGAAUUCUGAAGAGGGGAACUCUUCAAGUUCGAAUUCAAAUUCACAGGGUGGUGUAGCUCCACAAAGCUUUUAUUUCGAUAAAGACAGAUCGGUUACGGAUCCACACGUUAAGCACGAAUCGAAUGAUCAAAAGAUUAAUAUUUCGAAUUGGAGACAUGGUGCAGACAAUUAUUCAUUAAUUGAAGGUGCAAAUUCCAAUACAAAUGUUAAUGAAAGUGGCGGUAAUAGUAAUGAAGGCGAAGGUGAAGGCAGUGGUGAUAGAUCAAGAUCAAACUCGAGAUCAAGUCCGAGAGGUAGUGAAACAAAUGGACCAGCUAAAAUUUCUAAUGGAUUAAAUAGUAGUCCUCAUGCUACUAACGAUGAUGACGAUAAUUACGUGCCGCCUCCUCCUCCACGGUAUAUUAAUUCAAAACUCGAUGAUAUUAGAUCAAGAUUAUUGCUAAACCCAAGGACAGUUUCACCAAGAUCAGAUGAAGAUAUGGAUAAAACACAUGCUGCAGCAGUUCUUUCCAACAUGAGAUCUUCACCAUUCAGGUUAUCAGACAGACCAGCAUCACUAUCAAGUAGUAGACCAGGUUCAUCAUCAUUUUCUGGGAAAGGAUACGCUAGACCUGUAAUACGUAUUCAUCACAGAGAGGAACCAAGUGGUGACCAAGAUGAUAAUGCUGUAUUAGAUGACGAUGAUGAGGAGGAAGAAGAUGAAGAAGAUGAAGAUGAAAAUGGUAAUGAAAGACUUAGACAUUCUUCAACAUCAAGGGUUGUACCGGCACCAACACCUGCAAGACGCAAAGAAGUUACUUGGAAUAAAAAUGGUAAACGUGUUAGCCGUCGUUUAUCAGCUCCAGAAACGAGGAGAACCAAGACAAAGAAAAUUAAAAUUGAACCUGGUAAAGAUACUACAAAUGCACGUUCGAGAGAUUCAUCUAUACCACGUAAUGGUGCACAUGGUGAAGAAGUAGAUGAUACUUAUUCAUCUCAUGAAGUUAUGGAAAAUGAAGAAGAAGAAGAAGAAUAUGAAGAAGGUAAGAAUGGUAACAGGGGACAAUCGAAAAAGAAUUCUAUGGGUUCGCGUUCACGUACUGGAUGUUGGAUUUGUCGUUUAAGAAAGAAAAAAUGCACAGAAGAAAGACCUCGUUGUUACAAUUGCGACAGGUUAAAUUUAACUUGUUAUUAUGAUGUGAUAAAACCUGAUUUUGUUUCAAAUCCUCAAAAGAAGCAAAUGAAAUUAGAAGAAAUAAAGAGGAAAACCAAAGAGGCGAAAAGAAAUGCUAUGAGAAAGAAACCUGGAGCGAACCCUUAA